AGAGGGCAACGGGAACACCCAAUCUAUGGCUUCCCUUCCGUUUUCGCGUGGUUCUUUUGCAAGCUCUGGAUUCUCUGGAGUUUGAAUGUUUCCAGUAUUGGAACCCCACCAAGUAGGACUGAUCAGGUCUUACAAUUCUAAAACCAUGACCUGUUUUCAGGAAUUAGUGACAUUCAGGGAUGUGGCCAUAGACUUCUCUCGGCAGGAGUGGGAAUACCUGGACCCUAAUCAGAGGGACUUAUACAGGGAUGUGAUGUUGGAGAACUAUAGAAACCUGGUAUCACUGGGAGGACAUUCCAUUUCUAAACCAGUUGUGGUUGAUUUACUGGAGCGAGGAAAAGAGCCCUGGAUGAUUUUGAGGGAAGAAACACAGUUCACAGUACGAAUUCUCCAAUACUCCAGUGAUGAUAAAAUUAAAAUAUCAUAUUUGGAUUUACAGUGUGAGAUAAUCAGCUACAUAGAAGUACCCACUUAUGAAACAGAUAUAUCCUCUACACAACUUCAGAGCAUAUAUAAGAGAGAGAAACUCUAUGAAUGUAAGAAAUGUCAGAAGAAAUUUAGUAGUGGUUAUCAACUUAUUCUACAUCACAGGUUUCAUGUUAUUGAGAGACCCUAUGAAUGCAAAGAGUGUGGGAAGAACUUUCGUAGUGGCUAUCAACUUACUCUACAUCAAAGAUUUCAUACUGGUGAGAAACCCUAUGAAUGUACAGAAUGUGGGAAGAACUUUAGAAGUGGUUAUCAGCUGACUGUACAUCAGAGAUUUCAUACUGGUGAGAAAACCUAUGAAUGUAGGCAGUGUGGGAAGGCCUUUAUAUAUGCCUCACACAUUGUUCAACAUGAGAGAAUUCACACUGGUGGGAAGCCGUAUGAAUGUCAGGAGUGUGGGAGGGCCUUUAGUCAAGGUGGACAUCUUAGAAUUCAUCAGAGAGUUCAUACUGGCGAAAAACCAUAUAAAUGUAAGGAAUGUGGGAAGACUUUUAGUAGGCGCUCAAAUCUUGUUGAACAUGGGCAGAUUCAUACUGAUGAGAAGCCAUACGUAUGUGAGAAAUGCGGAAAAGCCUUUAGAAGAGGUCACCAACUUACUGUACAUCAGAGUGUUCACACUGGUAAAAAGCCAUAUGAGUGUAAAGAAUGUGGGAAGGGCUAUACCACUGCCUCAUACUUUCUUCUACAUCAGAGAAUUCAUAAAGGUGGAAAACCCUAUGAAUGUAAGGAGUGUAAGAAAACCUUUACUUUGUAUAGAAAUCUUACUCGGCAUCAGAAUAUUCAUACUGGUGAGAAACUUUUUGAAUGCAAGCAAUGUGGGAAGACCUAUACUACUGGUUCAAAACUCUUUCAACAUCAGAAAACUCAUACUGGCGAGAAACCCUAUGAAUGCAAGGAAUGCGGAAAGGCCUUUAGCUUGUAUGGCUACCUUAAACAACAUCAGAAAAUUCAUACUGGCAUGAAACGCUUUGAAUGUAAGGAGUGUAAAAAAACCUUUACUUUGUAUAGAAAUCUUACUCGACAUCAGAAUAUUCACACUGGUAAGAAACUUUUUGAAUGUCAGGAAUGUGGGAAGGUCUAUAGUACUGGCUCAAACCUUAUUCAACAUCGGAAAACUCAUACUGGUGAGAAACCCUAUAAAUGUAAGGAAUGUGGCAAGACCUUUAGCUUGCAUGGAUAUCUUAAUCAACAUCAGAAAAUUCAUACUGGUGUGAAACCCUAUGAAUGUAAGGUAUGUAGAAAAACCUUUACUUUCUAUAGAAAUCUUACUCUACAUCAAAGUAUUCAUACUGAUGAGAAACCUUUUGAAUGUAAGGAAUGUGGGAAGACCUUUAGACGUAGUUCACACCUUACUGCACAUCAGAGCAUUCAUGCUGAUAAAAAACCCUAUGAAUGUAAAGAAUGUGGAAAGGCCUUUAAAAUGUAUGGCUACCUUACCCAACAUCAGAAAAUUCAUACUGGUGGAAAACCUUAUGAAUGUAAAGAAUGUGGGAAGGCCUUCAGUCGUGCCUCAAACCUUGUUCAACAUGAGAGAAUUCAUACUGGUGAGAAACCCUAUGUGUGUAAGCAGUGUGGGAAAACCUUCAGAUAUGGUUCAGCCCUUACAGCCCAUCAGAGAAUUCAUAGGAGCAUAAAAGUGUAAGACUGUAAAGAGUACGAGCGUGCCAUUCAUCAUCAGACAGUCCACACUGGUGAGAAAUGAUGGAAUGUUAGUCUUAUAGGUAUGGCUUUAGCAAUUGAGAGAGUUCAAAAUGCAGAUCUUGCCACAUUAGAAAGCAUUCAAUGUCAGUCCUGUUUUAAUGGAAUAUCUGACUAUUCAAUGGUAAAUUAAGAAAAAAAAAACAGGAAUCCCAGUUUCUUCAUGCCUACAACAUCCAUGGCAUGGAUUUUUUUUUAAAAAACUUAAUAAUUAAGGCUGGGUGCGGUGGCUCGCCUGUAAUCCCAGCACUUUGAGAGGCCAAGGUGGGCGGAUCACGAGGUCAGGAGAUAGAGACCAUCCUGGCUAACACGAUGAAACCCCGUCUCUACUAAAAAUACAAAAAAUUAGCUGGGCGUGGUGGCGGGCGCCUGCAAUCCCAGCUACUCGGGAGGCUGAGGCAGGAGAAUAGCAUGAACCCAGGAGGCAGAGCUUGCAGUGAGCAGAGAUCGCGCCACUGCACUCCAGCCUGGGCAACAGAGCGAGACUC